UCUUUCCUUUGCGUCACUUCCGGUCCAGCCGAGCAGCUUUACUAAAUGGUUCGGGUACUCACGGAGGAAGAGGUUUCAUCAGUUUCUCUGACUCUGUUCCCGCUGCCUUCGCUCCCCCACGCCACCGCAACCUCGGAGCCGCCGGCGCCUCUUGCCUCCCAUCCCGCCAGCCAGAUCCUUCAGGCUCCUUAAACAUCUCAGCUUGAAGUUCCUCUGGGUGCCCUGCGCCCCUGUCCUUCCAAGGCCCCCUCUAGCUCUCUGCUCAGUCCCCCGGAAGCCCGGGAGCCAACUGUGUGGAUGGUGGUAACGACCUCACUUUUCUGUUGGGAUUGACUGACUAAAGGUCCAGUGACUGCCUAGAUCUGACUGUUAAGGGGAUGGAAAGGUGGUCUGGGCUGUGACUGACCAGGUAGGAACUUUCCCACAAGUCAGACAUGGAUUGACCAGCUUCAGGGCAGCUGUGGCACCUUCUGACCGUCCCGCCAGAGUGGUGGAACUUGUCCAUCAGACUGACUGACCAAUGACGGACUGCUCUGGACUGGCUCACCAAGACUGAUUAGCUCAGGUCUACGCAGAUUUGGGGGAUCCAACUAGGGUGAAGGGUUUGAACUGACAGAUCUCUUUGCUUUAUGGUGACUGACCUCCUGUCUCCACUACCUGUACAACCAGCUCCACUGACCUCCUGUCUCCACUACCUGUACAGCCAUGGAGAAAAUGUCCCGUGUGACCACCGCCCUGAGUAGCAGUGCACUAACAGGCCAUACUAUGCACUGCCACCUGGACGCUCCAGCCAAUGCCAUCAGUGUGUGUCGCGAUGCUGCCCAAGUGGUUGUGGCAGGCCGUAGCAUCUUCAAGAUCUACGCCAUUGAGGAGGAGCAGUUUGUGGAGAAGCUGAACCUGCGUGUGGGUCGCAAGCCUUCGCUCAACCUGAGCUGUGCUGAUGUUGUCUGGCACCAGAUGGAUGAGAACCUGCUGGCCACAGCAGCCACCAAUGGGGUGGUGGUCACGUGGAACCUGGGCCGUCCAUCCCGUAACAAGCAGGACCAGCUGUUCACAGAGCAUAAGCGCACGGUGAAUAAAGUCUGCUUCCACCCCUCUGAGGCCCACGUGCUGCUCAGUGGCUCCCAGGAUGGCUUCAUGAAGUGCUUCGACCUCCGCAAGAAGGACUCUGUUAGCACCUUCUCAGGCCAGUCUGAGAGCGUGCGGGACGUCCAGUUCAGCAUCCGGGACUACUUCACUUUCGCCUCCACCUUUGAGAAUGGCAACGUGCAGCUCUGGGACAUUCGGCGGCCUGACCGUUGUGAGAGGAUGUUCACAGCCCACAAUGGGCCUGUCUUCUGCUGUGACUGGCACCCCGAGGACAGGGGCUGGCUGGCCACAGGUGGGCGUGACAAGAUGGUGAAGGUCUGGGACAUGACCACCCAACGUGCCAAGGAGGUGCACUGCGUGCAGACCAUCGCCUCAGUGGCCAGAGUUAAGUGGCGGCCCGAGUGCCGCCACCACCUGGCCACAUGCUCCAUGAUGGUGGACCACAACAUCUACGUGUGGGACGUGCGCAGGCCCUUUGUGCCAGCAGCCAUGUUCGAGGAGCACCGCGAUGUCACAACUGGCAUCGCCUGGCGCCAUCCGCAUGACCCCUCCUUCCUGCUCUCUGGCUCCAAGGACAGCACACUGUGCCAGCACCUGUUCCGUGACGCUAGCCAGCCUGUAGAGCGUGCCAAUCCCGAGGGCCUGUGCUAUGGCCUCUUCGGGGACCUGGCCUUCGCGGCUAAGGAGAGCCUAGUGGCCGCUGAGUCAGGGCGCAAGCCCUGUGCUGGUGACCGGCGCCACCCCAUUUUCUUCAAGCGCAAGCUGGACCCUGCGGAGCCCUUCGCAGGUCUCGCCUCCAGUGCCCUCAGCGUCUUUGAGAUGGAGCCUGGCAGUGGCAGCAUGAGCUGGUUUGUGGACACUGCUGAGCGAUACGCCCUGGCUGGCCGGCCACUGGCUGAGCUCUGUGACCACAAUUCCAAAGUGGCUCGGGAGCUUGGCCGAAACCAGGUGGCACAGACUUGGACCAUGCUACGGAUCAUCUACUGUAGCCCUGGCCUGGUGCCCACUGCCAAUCUCAAUCACAGCGUGGGCAAGGGCAGUUCCUGCGGCCUGCCACUCAUGAACAGUUUCAACCUGAAGGAUAUGGCCCAAGGACUGGGCAGUGAGACCCGGCUGGACCGCAGCAAAGGUGACACACGGAGCGACACGGUGCUGCUCGACUCUUCGGCUACACUCAUCACCAAUGAGGAUAACGAGGAGACGGAGGGUAGUGAUGUGCCUGCUGACUACCUGCUGGGCGAUGUAGAGGGCGAGGAAGACGAGUUAUACCUGCUGGAUCCAGAUCACGCCCACACUGAGGAGCCCGAGUACGUGCUGCCCCAGGAGGCCUUCCCGCUGCGCCAUGAGAUUGUGGACACGCCACCAGGCCCGGAGAACCUACAGGACAAGGCAGACUCGCCACAUGUGAGCGGCAGCGAGGCAGAUGUGGCCUCCCUGGCGCCCAUGGACUCCUCCUUCUCGCUGGUCUCUGUUUCACACGCACUCUACGACAGCCGCCUGCCACCCGACUUCUUCAGCGCCCUAGUGUGCGACAUGCUACGCUUUUAUGCUGAGCAGGGCGAUGUGCAGAUGGCUGUGUCCGUACUCAUCGUGCUGGGGGAACGUGUGCGCAAGGACAUAGAUGAGCAGACGCAGGAGCACUGGUACGCGUCCUACAUCGACCUGCUGCAGCGCUUCUGCCUCUGGAACGUGUCCAACCAGGUGGUCAAGCUCAGCACCAGCCGCGCCAUCAGCUGCCUCAACCAGGCCUCCACCACCCUGCACGUCAACUGCAGCCACUGCAAGCGGCCCAUGAGCAGCCGGGGAUGGGUCUGCGACAGGUGCCACCGCUGCGCCAGCAUGUGCGCAGUCUGCCACCACGUGGUCAAGGGCUUGUUCGUGUGGUGCCAGGGCUGCAGCCACGGGGGCCACCUGCAGCACAUCAUGAAGUGGCUGGAGGGCAGCUCCCACUGUCCUGCUGGCUGCGGCCACCUGUGCGAGUACUCCUGAUGUGGUCCGGGGAGGGAGGAGACGAGCCUGGGCAGGCUUGUGAACCAAAUAAAGGAAACGGAACCACGG